AUGCACAUCCCCACGCCACAGCUCUUCGGCCGGAGCCAUCGUGCCAGGCGCGGAGUCUGGCAGCGCACUCGCUGCUUCUAUCUCCGUCACCACUUGCGUGCAACCACACACGUUUGUAAAGGAGUCAAAGCCCUGCACUGGGACAUCUCCAUCUCGCCCGAUGAAGCCUUCAUGCGCAGCACCAGCGCCGCAGCGCCAUUUGCGCAAGGGCAGUUCCAUCGCCUCUCCGCGAUUCGAGUUUUCUUCCAGAGGGUUGGAAGUCGUGUCGUGCCCCAGUGCUUCCUUGAUGAUAUGGAAGCCCAUGUCGAAAGCGUUUCCUCGCCUGGAUGUGUAAAUGCUAACGAGUACGUUGAUGAUACCCCACAAGACGAGCAUGAGGGCGAGCGGGAGGAUAUUGACGAUCGGGCGACUUACAACAUCGUCAAUUGGACAUGCCGCCGUUUCACGCACUUCGUCGGUGAGGGGAUUCAACUCCAACCGAUUGUCCAUUUCGCCACGACGAAGCUUGUUCAAAGUCAGUGA